AUGGGCAAGUCUUGGUCCAGCCCCAGUAUUACAGCAGCCAUCAUGAUGAACAAUAGGGCUAGUCUCGUUAAUAAAUUGAUGCAUUAUAGUCGCAAGAUUGACCAUCGGAAAGACAACUUUCAAGAGACGGCAGAAUUUCUCGCUCGAUGCGCCAGCGAGCUUGCCAUGCAAACCGCGGCAUGCUUUAUUAAGAAGUGCGCGAGGCUUGAGACGGAGUUUCAAAAUAUAAAAGUUUCCCCUGUUCCCAAGGGAAAGCGUCACUGA